GCGGCGGCGGUGGCGGCGGCGGCGGCGGUGGCGGCGGCGGCGGCAGCAGCAGCGACAUGGAGCCAGGCGCCGGCGGCAGAAGCGCUGCUCGCGGGCAGGGGGCCGGGCCCCCGACCACUCCGCCGCCCCGGGAGCAGGAGCGGAAGCUGGAGCAGGAGAAGCUCUCCGGGGUAGUGAAGAGCGUCCACCGGCGGCUCCGCAAGAAGUACCGGGAAGUGGGAGAUUUUGAUAAGAUCUGGCGAGAACAUUGUGAGGAUGAGGAAACACUUUGUGAAUAUGCUGUUGCAAUGAAAAAUUUGGCAGAUAAUCAUUGGGCAAAAACUUGUGAGGGCGAAGGUCGUAUUGAAUGGUGUUGUAGUGUAUGCAGAGAAUAUUUCCAAAAUGGUGGGAAGAGAAAAGCACUUGAAAAAGAUGAAAAAAGAGCUAUACUCGCCACUAAGACCACUCCAGCCUUAAAUACACAUGAGUCUUCUAAACUUGAAGGUCAUUUAACCAACCUCAGCUUUACAAACCCUGAAUUUAUAACUGAGUUGCUACAGACCUCAGGAAAGAUCAGAUUACUUGAUGUUGGCAGCUGCUUUAACCCAUUUCUGAAGUUUGAAGAAUUUCUAACUGUUGGCAUAGACAUUGUACCUGCUGUAGAGAUCCCUAUAAACGAAAAUUCCACCAGAGGAAAUGUUGAAAUAGGAGUUACAGAUAUAUUGGAUUUGCUGGAUGAAAUACAAGCAGUUAAUUUUUGUAAAGUGGGGAGAAAGCCCAAAUUGCCAGAGUACAUGUGUAAAUCACUGCGUUAUUGCUUUAGUCAUUGUCUCUAUUUAGCAAUGACAAGACUGGAAGAAGUUAACAGAGAAGUGAACAUGCAUUCUUCAGUGCGUUAUCUUGGCUAUUUAGCCAGAUUCAAUUUACUGGUUGCUAUAUGCUUAGGUCUUUAUGUAAGGUGGGAAAAAACAGCAAAUUCCUUAAUUUUGGUAAUUUUUAUUCUUGGUCUUUUUGUUCUUGGAAUUGCCAGCAUACUCUAUUAUUAUUUUUCAAUGGAAACAGCAAGUUUAAGUCUCUCUAAUCUUUGGUUUGGAUUCUUGCUUGGCCUCCUGUGUUUUCUUGAUAAUUCAUCCUUUAAAAGUGAUGUGAAAGAAGAAUCAACCAAAUAUUUGCUUCUAACUUCCAUAGUAUUAAGGAUAUUAUGUGCUUUGGUGGAGAGAAUUUCUGGUUACGUCCGUCAUCGACCCACUUUAUUAACCACAGUUGAAUUUCUCGAACUUGUUGGAUUUGCCAUUGCCAGCACAACUAUGUUGGUGGAGAAGUCUCUGAGUGUCAUUUUACUAGUUGUAGCUUUGGCCAUGCUGAUUAUUGACCUGAGAAUGAAGUCUUUCCUAGCUAUUCCAAACUUAGUUAUUUUUGCAGUCUUGUUGUUUUUCUCCUCAUUGGAAACGCCCAAAAAUCCAGUUGCUUUUGCAUGUUUUUUUAUUUGCCUGAUAACUGAUCCUUUCCUUGACAUUUAUUUUAGUGGACUUUCAGUGACUGAAAGGUGGAAACCCUUUUUGUACCGUGGAAGAAUUUGCAGAAGAUUUUCAGUCGUUUUCGCUGGAAUGAUUGAGCUUACAUUUUUUAUUCUUUCAGCAUUUAAACUUAGAGACACUCAUCUCUGGUAUUUUGUAAUACCAGGCUUUUCCAUUUUUGGAAUUUUCUGGAUGAUUUGCCAUAUUAUUUUUCUUUUAACUCUUUGGGGAUUCCAUACCAAAUUAAAUGACUGCCAUAAAGUGUAUUUUACGCACAGGGUAGAUAACAAUAGCCUUGAUAGAAUCAUGGCAUCCAAAGGGAUGCGUCAUUUUUGCUUAAUUUCAGAGCAGUUAGUUUUUUUUAGUCUUCUUGCAACAGCAAUUUUGGGAGCAGUAUCCUGGCAGGGGAAGCAGUGGCAACUACUGGGUAUGACAGAUGUAACAAGAUCAGCCUCACAUCAACGAAGGGUUGGAAUCCACAGAUGCAGCACAGUUUCAUUUCUAGCAAGAUGGCAGGAUCAGCCAUAUUACUUCGCUUGGCAUGGGGGGCAGGGAGUUUUCAAAUCUGCUGCCAAAACUAGAAACCCAACAAAUGGAAUCUUCUUGAGCAUGUUUCUAAUUGUUUUGCCAUUGGAAUCCAUGGCUCAUGGGCUCUUCCAUGAAUUGGGUAAUUGUUUAGGAGGAACAUCUGUUGGAUAUGCUAUUGUGAUUCCCACCAACUUCUGCAGUCCUGAUGGUCAGCCAACACUUCUUCCACCAGAACAUGUACAAGAGUUAAAUUUGAGGUCUACUGGCAUGCUCAAUGCUAUCCAGAGAUUUUUUGCGUAUCAUAUGAUUGAGACCUAUGGAUGUGACUAUUCCACGAGUGGACUGUCUUUUGAUACUCUACAUUCCAAACUGAAAGCUUUCCUUGAACUUCGGACUGUGGAUGGACCUAGACACGAUACAUAUGUUUUGUAUUACAGUGGGCACACCCAUGGUACAGGAGAGUGGGCUCUUGCAGGUGGAGACAUACUACGCUUUGACACACUUCUGGAAUGGUGGAGAGAAAAGAAUGGUUCCUUCUGUUCCCGACUUAUUAUCGUAUUAGACAGUGAGAAUUCAACCCCUUGGGUAAAAGAAGUGAGAAAAAUCAAUGACCAGUAUAUUGCAGUGCAAGGAGCAGAAAUGACAAAGACAGUAGAUAUCGAAGAAGCUGACCCACCACAGCUGGGGGACUUUACAAAAGACUGGGUAGAAUAUAACUGCAACCCUAGCAAUAACGUCUGCUGGACUGAAAAGGGACGCACAGUGAAAGCAAUAUAUGGUGUGUCAAAACGGUGGAGUGAUUAUACUUUGCAUUUGCCAACGGGAAGCGAUGUGGCCAAGCACUGGAUGUUCCACUUUCCUCGUAUUACAUAUCCACUAGUGCAUUUGGCAAAUUGGUUGUGUGGUCUGAACCUUUUUUGGAUCUGCAAGACUUGUUUUAGGUGCUUGAAAAGAUUAAAAAUGAGUUGGUUUCUUCCUACUGUGCUGGACACAGGACAAGGCUUCAAACUUGUCAAAUCUUAAUUUGGAGCACCCAAAGUGGAAUAUUACUGAGAGUUCAUACUACCAGUUGUCACUAACUUGCCAUUUUUUUGUAUAUUUUUAUUUGUGACAAGUAUCUUGCUACUUCUGUAGCUGCUCUCACUUUGUCUUUUCUCAAAGUAAUUAUGGUUUAUGUAAGGUGUUGAGAAUGAGCAUUAUUUUAUAAAAGUAUGUAAGGAGUCAUAAAUUCUGACUCUGUAAAUGCAUAAGAGAUGUAAAAAAUAACAGUGCACUUUGAGGAAUGUUUGCAUAUGCCUCUGAUUAGAAACAAAACAUUUGUCUAUGCUCUGCAGUGGCCAAUGAAGAAUUACUAAUGCCUUAUUUUCUAGGCAUAGAUUAGAGAAUGUAGACCAGACAAUUUGUUUACUAGUACAAGAAGACUACCAGUUUGCUUACAGAAGAUUAUUUUUUGUGAACAGUAGGUUUGAGUCCAAGACCAUUUGAAGAAUUACAAACUCUUUCUUAGAAAAGGAAAAAAGAAGUCUGCUCGAAAUGAAUGCAAAAUUUGCUUAUAGUCCAUCACAUUCAGAUGUCUUGGUUGUCACUUGUUACCAGUAUAGCAGAGACGCCCAAACCACUGUUUUAGAUCAAAACAUUCUUCAUGUAGGUAACUGUAAGAGGCUAGAGCCUACAAGUUGCUCCUUCUUGCAUUGUUGGGGUCUCUGAAAGCACUGGCAAUUUUAAGAGUCUUUCUCAGGGUAAGUUAAUGUUUUCGUAAUGAACAAUAUUUUCAGCUAAAAAUUCCUUCCAAAUAAAUUAUCUUCCCUUUCAAAAAGUAAUCUUAUAAAAGAAAUUUAGCAGUUUCUCAUUGAUUGAGGCUAUUUUCAGUAUUCAGAAAUGAUUUUGAUCUCUAUAGAAUUAAUGGUCUGCAUGAAAAUUAUUUUUCAAAUCCCCUUUAGUGGCAACAUUUUUUUUCUAUUGAAAGUCAAAGGAUUGGAAACAGGUCAUUUUUCUUCUUGUAUACGUGUAAUGUGUUAUGUGAAAAAGUAUUCAUAUUGGCAAUUUUAGUUAAGCAUUAUGGUAUGGUUGUAAUUUUUAAAACUUAAUUCAGUGUUUUGUAUGAUUAAAGCAGGCACUGAUCAGGGUAUCUCCUAAGAGGUAAUUUACCUCCUAUUCCCUCCCAAUAAUCCUUACAUUCUGAGUUUUCAUCUCUGAGAAAUAACAAGAGGGAAUAGAAUUCAGUUGGGGGAUAGUCUAAUCUUUGUCGUUUAAAUGGUGUGACUUCUCACAUUGAAGCCAUUUUUCCAGCCUCAGAGAGAGGAAAUAAUGCCUCUACCAUUUUCUACCUGGUGACUUGAAAAUUGAAGUUUUAGUUAGGAAGAAGUCACUUAGUGUCAGGGAACUUGUAUACCACUAUCUAUGCACCGUUGUUAUAGUCUGAUUAUUUCUGUGUUUUGAAUAUGAUUUUCCUAAUUCUUUGAAUAAAGUUUUGUUAAAAAUUAA